GAUGCUUUAUUGCGCUACUAAAGACGAUGUGGUAGGUGGUGGAAAGUGUGCAGAUAAGCUGAGGUCGUAUUCCGUCCACAUCCAGCUUGCCAUGCACUAAGAAAAUACGCUACAGAAAACGUCGUAUCUUUAUCCCGUGCGGUGUACGCAACAGCAGGUCAUGCUGCUCGCCUGGCGUUAUGCAGCAAGCUUCAUUUUCCCAUGCCUUUUCUUCCCGAAAGGUGUUGUUUUAAUGGCAGUGUGUUGGAGAAGGGCAGUGGUGCUGGUUGUAUUUGUGUUCCCUGUAACAUACGCAUACGUUCGAUACUCCCCUCUCCUUAAGGGUAUCUCUCCCUUCGCUCUGUCUUCGACCCCCGUUCUCUUCGCAAAGCAGUUUUCCGUGGAAAGUUAUGCAGAGCAGUAGUAGAUGGCCGUGAAGCUGGGCGCAAACCUCGUGUAAAUGUCCGCGUUUUUGUUUGGUGUCAUAUGUUAUUUUCACAGUGUGCAAGUGUGUGUGUGUGUGUUUCAAUAGCUAUUUGUGGAUGUGUUGGUGAAGCGGGCAGUAUUUUUGUGGGUUAAGGUGCUGUGUUGAAAAGCAAAAAUAAAAAUCUCCAUUCGUGUGAAGUACAAGAUUGGUGCCAAGAAGUGCAUAGUGUAAGCAAGAUAAAGGGAAUCGGCACUGUGAAAAUUUUAAGGCAAACAGGAAAGCCUACCGGUAAUAGCUAUUACACGACGGCAUCAGGAUGGAAAAGGCAUAUUGCUGAAGCGUGCAGGAGAGGCAGCUGUUGCAACGCGGGGCUGCUGCAGCACAACGUUAACGACUACCAACGGAACUGUUCCAGGUGGAAGAAACGUCAUCCAACGGUACUGUCUUAUUCGUUGGCCUCUUCCACAUACCCCGUGGCACCCGAAAACCUGAAGGACGGUUUGAGCACGAGCCCGAAGGACAAGGAAGCAUCGCAGUGAAUUUGUCCAAGGUCGAGUGUUUGCUAGCAAAGGUGUGAAAAUUAAGCCUUUCGACAGCGAAUUUACCGGAUUGAUGGUGUCCUGCAGCUUUAGAUUAAUCCAUAGUACCCCAAACACACAGUGCAUGCGAACGCGUUACGUUGUCUUUGUCGCCGUGUCGCCGAAGAAUGGCAGAACAAUGUACCGUCAGCAUUGAAGAUAGCAAGCAGCAACAAGAGCAACCCGCCACUUCCCAUGACGCUAGCCAUCCAGCCAGCCCUCUAAGCAGUAUCAAAUCGCCCUCGUGCGUUGGGGCAACAGCGGUCAACACUGCGACGACCAACGCAGACGACAAGAAGCAACGCACGCCGGUGGACGACGGUAGUAACGAUCGUAGUAACGAUGGGGCUAGUACACCAAGAACAACCUGCGAUCAUCGUUCCACUACUCCAAGCAGCGGUGUGACACCGCUGUCACUAGCUGGGGAUGACAACGAUGGCGUAAAGAAGCCUUAUUGGUUGUUUUCCUCCACCGAAGAACAUAGGACACAACAUCAACAGCAGCAGCAUCAUUUGUUACGCAUGGAUAGCAAUGGCAGCGAUGAUAUCGAUGGCAGUCUACGACAUGAGCCGGAUCGGCAGCAAUUGGAUUGUUCCAUCCUGCUGGAAACGCCUGCACUUGAGCGUGUGGAGAUCAGUGACGGUGCAGCAAGAAUGCCGAGCACCGAUACCAUCAGCGAUGGAAGGAUCGGUGCCAGUAAGUUGGCGACAAUCAGCGACAAAUUGGCAACGGUAAAACCAAAGCGCCUCAGCGACGAAUUCUUCUCGGCGGACGACGAUAACGACGACGAGGAAGAUGAAGACGACGAGGAGCGUGAAGAGGAGGAAACGAAAUCGAACGGAAGGAACGCACCCGAUCGGAAUACGAUGGUAGAUAGCGAGGCUCAGGCAAGUCUGAGUGAAAUAAAAAAUCUCAGCAUCACCUGCUGCGGGAAACGGAAACAAUCUGAUGAAGAUGAUGUACGCGAAGAAAGGAUUAACGAAAGUGUGUUGCGAAACGGUGGCCUGUCCAGCAUACAUCCUUCCGGUUCAAAGGAUGAGGAACUGCUGCCGGUGUCCCGCAAUGCUACAAAUCCAGUGGAGCCAAAGAUGUCGGUUUUUCGUGCAAUCGAAAACACCGUCGAUGCUCCGCUAGAACAUCAGCAGCAGCAGCAGCAGCACGCUGCAGUCGACGAUGACGAUGAAGAACUUCUACUGGACGAUGUGCAAUCGAUGGACGCGAUCGAACGGCGCGAUUUCGAACAGGAGGGUGGUUUUUUGAUAAGAAACAGAUCACUGAUAUCUGGCGAUAGACUGAAUUUAGAAUUUUUAAAUAACACGAAUCCCCGUCCUCCGUCGACCGAACGCACGCAACCAGAAAAACCACCAUCAUCGGAGAAUGGAUCAUCAGUUGGAGUCACCCCAGCAUUAUGUGCAUCCUCAAACACUGCAGCUGUCGAAGUUAUUCCAACGUCUUCUUCCUGCUCCUCCGCAUCGGCGUGCACAGCGGUGAACACAAGAACGGGCACGCAACAUACGACCACACCAACGAGCAGUAGAUAUCAGCACAAGCAUGAUCCUCACCAUCACCAUCACCAUCAUCACCACAACCAACACCAUCAACAUCCUCGAGAUGGUAAAACCGUUGGUAAAGCGGUUGUAAGCAGCACUGGUAGCGAUAGCUUUAGUAGUAGUUAUAAUAGGGAAACCGAGAACAAUAGUACAACCAAGUUCGCAGUUAAUAAGCUUACGAGGAACCUCUCCGCUAGUCUAGCUAAUUGCAACGAUAAAAAGCAUGAGCCGCAGGAUGCCGUUACCGGAUCUAGCACUACGUCACCCAUCGCGUCCUCAUUUGCCACCUCCUCCUCGUCUGCUUCUUCUUCCUCCUCCUCUUCAAACUAUUCACUGUGCUCUGCAUCUGCUGCUGGACCAGGAGCUGAAGAUGUUCCAACUCUAACUGCAGAUGCACCAAUCAGCAGAGAAUGUAAACCGGAGCUUGCCGAUGCCUUUUUAAAUGCAAAUUCAAACGAUAGCGUAUCAUCGGAUCGGUCACUCUUUGGCGUUCAUGCCACGGAAGAGGAAACUACAUUAACUGUGUCCGAUGUGCAAACAAAGGAGGAUACUCAUACGCAUCACGAUCCUUGCUCUACCACAUCCUCGACCGCAUCGUACUCGUCCUCUUCUUCGCCGACCCCUUCACAUACAACGACGGCACCGCACAACGACGACGUACCGAUGGUCAUUUGCUCCUCUUCGGUACUGCCCCCGACUGCAUCGCAUUCGGCCUCCUCAUCGGUUUCUUCUACUCACGAGGAAACCACCUCCGCGAAUAGUAAACAUUUGUGCGAUGGAGACUAUGAUGAAGAAGAUCAAGAAGCGAAGGUUACCGCAACGAAAGUAACAUUAGCGGAAAAAUCUUCAACGUCCGCGCCUUCUAGCUGUUCCGGACGAAGCACCAAGGAGGACUCUCUUGAUACGAACGGUAAACUAUCUUUCAGCUGUGCUUUUCCCAAGGAGGAUGGAAGAAUAUCAACUGCAGAUGGGAAUAAACAUUUGCUACCAUCAACUUCUUCCAAUGGAAAUGCGCAACAGGAAGAGCAAGAUGUCACAUCGAAAGCUCGUGGCAAUGGCACAGAGCAUCAGCCUCACCAGCACGCUCCACAUCACCAUCGGCGUCAGUUUCAUCAUCAUAAUCACCGAGCCGCUGGAGCAGGUAAUGGAACGAUCGCUGCUUCAUCCACAUCUUCCUCAUCUCGCGUAGUAACAGCGAAUGGGUCGGUACAAACUGGAGGAACUGUUGUUACAUCACGAGAGUCUAAUCCCGUGCCGGAGGUUGUGGUAGCUCCGUCCUUCCAUCAACAGCGCGAUGCCAGCACAAACACGUCCAAUUCUCCCGAAUCCAGCGAACCUGAGAUCGACGAAGAGGACUGGGCGGACUGCGAGGAAGGCACGGAUGAAGAGGUGUGUACCUGUCGAGAUUACACAGACGAGGACGGAUUUGCUAGUAGUGAGGACGAGUUGCCAUCGCGAGAUGUCGAUCUCUCCAGUUAUACGCAUCUAGACACAAUAUCGGACGAUCUGUUGCAUGAUGCACAAACACCUCGGCUUCAUCGGAAACGGAAGUUGACGGAAAAUCGAACAAUACUGUUCGGAGAUAGCAAUAGCCCAUCGACCGAAUCGUUGAACUACAGUAGCCGCAAGCGCCUAGCACUCGAUGGAUCGACCAUUACAGCAACCGGAUCGUCUAGUGCUACAGCUAAUGGUGGUGGGUCACCGGGAUCAGCAACAUCAGCAACAGCAAACGCAACGGCAGCAUCGACUGGUGUAACUCCUUUGUCCAAUGGCGGUGUAUCCACAACACCGCGAUCGUCCCUUCGAAGCCCAAUGAACAUUAUAACAACACCAACAUCAUCCACAUUGGGAGAGCGUAAAACACCAAGAACCAUUAUACCGACCAAAGAUAAUCCUCCUCCUGAGCUAAAUGAAUGGUUGAUGCAGUUCCAGAGAUGGACCCACGUUGAGCGAUUGUUAGCUGUGGAUCGUUUGAUCGAACAUUGCGAACCGACACAGGUGCGCCACAUGAUGAAGGUUAUCGAGCCGCAGUUCCAACGAGACUUCAUCUCGCUUCUGCCAAAGGAGUUAGCGCUACAGGUACUGUCCUAUCUGGAGCCGAAGGAUCUCCUGCGGGCUGCCCAAACUUGUCGGAGUUGGCGCUUCCUGGCAGAUGACAACCUGCUGUGGAAGGAAAAGUGUAAAGAAAGCGGCAUUGGUAUCGAACCAUCAACCGAUCGUCCAAAGCGAGGUCGCACCGGUAAUAUGCCACCGAUAUCAUCGCCCUGGAAAGCGGCCUACAUGCGCCAGCACAUCAUCGAAAUGAAUUGGCGCUCGCGACCAAUCCGAACGGCGAAGGUGCUGAAGGGUCAUGACGAUCAUGUCAUCACGUGCCUUCAAUUUUGCGGCAAUCGUAUCGUGUCCGGAUCCGACGACAAUACGCUCAAAGUUUGGUCCGCCAUCACAGGGAAGUGCCUUCGAACGCUUACUGGUCAUACGGGAGGUGUGUGGUCAUCACAAAUGUCGGGCAACAUCAUUAUCUCCGGCAGUACUGAUCGCACGUUACGCGUCUGGAAGGCCGAUAGCGGACAAUGCAUGCACAUACUUCAUGGUCACACCUCGACUGUCCGCUGUAUGCACCUACAUGGCAACAAAGUCGUCAGUGGUUCGAGAGAUGCAACAUUGCGUGUCUGGGAUGUUAAUUUGGGUACAUGUUUACACAUGCUGGUAGGUCAUCUGGCUGCUGUGCGUUGUGUUCAGUAUGACGGCAAGCUGAUCGUUUCCGGUGCCUACGACUACAUGGUGAAAGUAUGGAACCCAGAGCGUCAGGAGUGUCUGCACACGUUGCAGGGACACACAAACCGUGUGUACUCGCUGCAGUUUGACGGUAUUCAUGUUGUUUCCGGAUCGUUGGACACCUCGAUACGCGUAUGGGAUGCUGAAACUGGCUCCUGCAAACACGCUCUAAUGGGACACCAGAGCCUCACAUCGGGAAUGGAGUUGCGACAGAACAUUCUUGUGUCCGGUAAUGCCGAUUCCACUGUGAAAGUUUGGGACAUCAUUACCGGUCAAUGUCUGCAGACCCUUUCAGGACCCAACAAGCAUCAAUCGGCUGUCACGUGUCUGCAGUUCAAUUCCCGAUUCGUCAUUACCAGUUCCGACGAUGGUACCGUAAAGCUGUGGGAUGUAAAGACUGGUGAAUUUAUCCGCAAUCUAGUGGCACUAGAAUCGGGCGGUUCCGGUGGAGUUGUUUGGCGUAUUCGUGCGAACGAUACAAAACUUAUCUGUGCCGUUGGGUCACGCAAUGGUACAGAGGAAACCAAACUCAUGGUACUCGAUUUCGACGUGGAAGGUGCCUGUUUGAAAUGCUCAUAAUUUUAAGAUGACUUCUACUCUACACCGCUACCACUCAGCUGCUGUUUCUGCCGCUAACUGCUUAGCUCAUGUUUAAGACAGUUGCACACUGUCCCCUUUGCAAAACUGUACUCACUCACACACACCACAUCCCGUAAAGCAACCCUCGAUACCAUGCCGUAGGAUAACAUAUUUAAGAACACACACAGCACAGAAAUCGUCCUUCAUUUCAAGCCUUCUGUUUUGCCAUUUCCAGUUCGCCAAUAAUGGCUUUCAAUAACUUUCGAGAGGUUAAUCAAUAAUUUGAUAAUGAGGAAAUAAGAUGAAAGUCAGAAUCCGGAGCAAAUAAAUAGUAUAAAAAUUGUGGAUAUAUGCAGGAAUCAUGGCACUGCAACGAUACCGAAGAACGUGUGCUCUAAUUGUACACAUCAAUUUCUGAGCACAAAAUGGAUAUGUUUUCUUCCAAAAUACAGUGAUGUGUUUCAGUGCCGGAUCGAUAAGAAAGGUAUAAUAUUGUAACAUCGUUCUACUUGCAAGUCAUUAAAGCAAUAUGUUCAUUUACCAUCCGUACUAUUCACUUUAGGAACAACCAAGUUUCAAACGACGCGGUGAAUUUAUUAAUCUUGAUAAUUGUUUUAAUCUCUAUUAAACAUAUGCACCAUUCAACCGGGUUGGUGUUUGUUUUGUUGGAUUGUGGGUCUUGUUAAACUUUGCAAAACAAGGUCGUUGGUUUAUGAGUAUUCCUGUUUAUACGAUCUGUUUUACGUUUAUAUUCUAUUUGUUUCCUUAACCCUCGUGUUUUUUGUCAACUGUUAAUGUUUUGUUUCAAUGUAGAACGGCAAAUGUUUGUCGUUAUUAUUGUCUUCCCCUAUAUGGUUGUCUCUACGGUGAACAUAAUUGCUUUAUAUGAAGGAAUAAGUAAGUCAUUCUCCGUCGAACGAAGUUACAAUAUGUCUCUUAUGCUUUCCAUCCGUUAGUUGCUGAAUAUAUUCUACAGUUUUGAAACUAUUUAUCGCGAACACAUGAUCUUAACGCGUGUCUUUAUAGCGGAAACAUUUGGAACUGUAUAAAUUUUCCACACUGAACAACCGGAACAGUCAGCGGUGGAUCGCAACAUACAAAGAGAUAUACAAAGGGUUGCAAAAGAAUGGGAAACAGAUAACACUCAUGAUAGUAAACAACAACAAUUCGUGGAUAAUGCUUUAUUUUUAUGUAACGUUAGUUUGUAGUGUAGUCAACAACAAAAAAACGGGAAAAAUACCCGAGACGAUCGUGUCUAUGGAAGGCAAUAUAAUAAUAGAGGAUUUGAUCGGGAGUGAGUUAUUAGGAAAAGAUUGAAAUAGCAAACAAAUGCUGCUAAAAAUUCGUACACACAAAUAUACCAGCCGCCAUCCCAAUUAAGGAACUGCGGAAUAAACAGAAACAUUAAUUCUAGUGCGUAAGGACACGUGGUCAGAUAACGAUAUAGUAUAACCGAUAAAAAAGAAAUAACACGUCCCGUACACCAAUCGACAAGGAGAAUAAAAAAGUAAAAAAAGAGAGAGAGAAUGAUACAAAAAAGAAAUAGGAAGGGAUUUAGCAAGUAACAACCUGAAGUGAAAAUGUAAACUUCUUGGCUCCAUUUACGUGUUCUCUCUCAACCGACAGGACUGCCAGGACGAUAUAGAACUUUUUUUUCUAAAUGUUAUUCCACUGUUUGUUCCAUUAUCUAUUAUUUGGUUAUCGUAAUUCAAAGUUUUCUUUCCCUUUACCGUCGUUUCUAUUACAGUGUGUUUCUAUUUAAUGAAACGAUGUUUAAUGUACAAUUUUAGUUAAUCUGAACGUUCGGUCUUUCUUUCUAUUAUGUUUGUUCGUAUUUGUAGUAAUAACGGUAAUUUGCUACUUUCCAUGUUUUGUUUUCUGUUCUAUUAGUAGAGGAAGAGGUAUCUAUUACGAAGGUGUGAAUGUGCUUUAGUUAUCGUAGCUAAAAACCGAAACACGUAUUCCAAGCAAAACUCAGAACGAUAAAGAAAUUCAAUAACACAACACAAGAAGCCCUUAGUGAAAAAUGUAAA